AUGCACAGCAAAGCAGCAUGGGAGAAGCAGAAUAAAGGAAACCAGAGUACUGCUGAGGAAUUCAUCCUGCUGGGGUUGUCUGGUCAACCACAGUUGGAGCUGUUGCUGUUUAUGCUUGUUUUAAUAAGCUACAUUAUAACACUGCUUGGGAAUUUCACCAUUAUUGCCGUCUCCCAGCUGGACCCCCGCCUCCACACACCCAUGUACUUCUUCCUCAGCAACCUCUCCUUCCUUGACAUCUGCUACACCAGCAGCCUUGGCCCCCAGUUGCUGGUGAACUUCCACAGUACGUGCAAGGCCAUCUCCUGGGGCAGCUGUGUGGCCCAGCUCUACAUCUCUCUUGGACUGGGAUCCACAGAGUGCUUCCUGCUGGCAGUCAUGGCCUAUGAUCGCUACGCUGCUGUCUGCCAGCCUCUGCGCUAUGCAACAAUAAUGAGCCGUCGCCUCUGCCUGCUCAUGGCUUCCAGCUCCUGGCUCAGUGGUAUGGGCACCUCACUGGUACAAACAGUGCUAACUCUGCAGGUGCCCCGGUGUGGCCAGAACCAUAUUGAUCACCUCUUCUUUGAGGUGCCCGCAGUGCUCACGUUGGCCUGCACUGACAUUUCUUUCAAUGAGGCUGAGCUAUUUUCUGUCGGUGUGAUCGUCCUGGUGGUGCCUGUAAGUCUCAUCCUGGUCUCCUACGGCUACAUUGGUGCUGCUGUGUUGAGGAUCCGCUCAGCUGAGGGCAGGCGCAAGGCCUUCAGCACCUGCACCUCCCACCUGACUGUGGUGUCAAUCUUCUAUGGCCCCGGCAUCUACGCAUACCUGCAGCCUCCCUCCAAGGGUCAGAGCAAGAUAGUCUCCCUGUUCUACACAAUGGUCACCCCAAUGCUGAACCCCCUGAUCUACACACUGAGGAACAAGGAGGUACAUGGGGCCCUGAGGAGGCUGCUUCAGAGAAAGCCAGACCUUACAGGUUGGGCUUAG